AUGUCCGCCAACAACAGUGACAGGGAGAACCUGCGGAUUGACAUCAUCCCCGGGACGGAGGUCAUGGUUGACCAGGGCAUCAAAGGUGAAGCCGCUGAGAGCCAGGGGGGAGACCGUACAGUCCUGGUCCCCCCGCCAUCCGACAGUCCCAACGAUCCCCUGAACUGGCGAUUCCUGUGGAAGACGUCCGCCAUCGUGGCCGCGUCCUCUGUCAGCUUCACACAGGGCUUCUCCCCGCUGGCCCUCGCCCCGAUGAUCCCGUAUCUCAUGAAGGAGUAUGACAGGUCGCUGGAAGACGUCAUUCGAUUCACCGGCGUGACGAUCCUGGUCCUUGGGUUCAGUAACUUCAUCUGGGUCCCUAUUGCGAGCUCUUUCGGCCGACGUCCUGUCCUGAUUGCCUCGCAGAUGGUGUGCCUGGCUUCGCAUCUGUGGCGAGCAAAGGCCACCUCGUACAAUUCCUUCUUGGGCGCAGCCAUUCUCAGCGGCAUCGGCUCUGGUCCAGGCGAAACGAUCCAGCCAGCCAUUAUUGCCGACUUGUUCUUCCUGCAGGACAGCGGCAAGUGGAACACGCUCUACUGGGUGACGUACAUGGGCGCAUUGAUGGUCGCGCCCAUCGUAGCAGGCGCCAUGGCCGAGCAUGGAGGGUGGCCUACUUUCUGGUGGCUCAGCGCCGGGUUGACCUCCCUGUCACUGUUACUCAUUAUUUUCGGCUUCCCGGAGACAAUGUGGCAUCGGGAGCCUUCAGGCCAGAUCCUUCUCUCUGCCGACACGCUGACGGCGUCAAAAGCUGUCGCCGAGCACCACGAGACCCAGUCCCCGGAAAAGCCCUAUGAAAAGACAGAUGAUGCGACAACCAUUGCAACCGACGACAGGCACGCCUACUACCCCCUUCUGGGCACGGGCUCUCCCAGCCGGCAGCAGUGGCGUCCCUACCAGCUCAACGCGAACCCGACCCGGCGCAUCCUCCGCGACCUGUGGACGCCGUGGCGGCUGUUCACGUACCCGAUUGUGCUGUUCACGUCGUUUGUCGUGAGCUGGAGCUGCAGCAACCUGCUGAUCCUGAACCUGACGCAGUCGCAAGUCUUUGCCGCGGCGCCGUACGGCUGGUCCGCGCAGUCGGUCGGCUUCACCAACUUUGCGCUCUUUGGCGGCAUCAUCAUCGGGCUGUUCACGGCGGGGCCCUUUAGCGACUGCGUGUCGGCGCGCGCGACGGCGCGCAACGGGGGCAUCCGCGAGCCCGAGAUGCGUCUGCCCGCCUUGAUCCCGUACGUGGCCGUCAUGGUGCUGGGCAACUGCAUCACCGCCGUCGGGUACCAGCGCGGCUGGCCCUGGCAACCGAUCGUGGUUGUCGGCUACGGGUGUGCUGGUAUCCAGGUCGCUGCCCUCCCGGGCAUUGCUAGCUCAUACGCCAUCGACAGCUAUAAGCCGGUUACCGGAGCCCUCUUUGUCGCCAUUACAGUCAACAAAAACCUGUGGGGAUACGGGCUCGCGGAGUUCGUGACAAGAUGGAGCGUAGAGGCUGGAAUGAAAAUAGUCGAUAAUGAAGAUGAUCAUAAUGACUACAUGAUUGAAUGGCACCGGCGCGAACAGCAGCGGGAGAUAAGAAUGAAGAUUAUUACCAUCAAUGCCAAGUGGAAUCGUAUCGGAUGGGCUAUGCGGAUGACUGAGGGCCACCGCCCCAACUUCCAAGCGAUAUAUAUCGGACAAGAAAAAUGCAUUGUUUGUGCCGCCGAAAGAAUUGUUGCAUGA